CCUGAAGCAGCCGACAUGGAGGAGAAGAAGAAGAAGAAGUCCUCCAGGAAGUCUCUGAGAACUCUGUUCUCCAGAACCGAACCGGGUCCGGACGAGUCUGCGCAGAAGCAGCAGGACCGGAAGAAGUUCAAGUUCCCGAAGCUGAAGAUGAAAACGAAGAUGGAGGCAGAGAGGCAGCAGGAGGUCCGGACUCCAGAGGACGAAGACCGUCCGGCCUCCCUGAAGAAGGCUUCCUCUGUCUGCGCCACCGAGUCCAGGUCAAAGGUUCGUCUCCUCAGUUACUCGGACUUGGAUCUCUCGUCUCCGCGUCGUUUUGCUUCGUUCUCUUUCGGCCUGAGGAAGAGGAGGAGGAGGGAUGAAGAGGACCUCUCCAGGAGCGCCUUUGGUCUCCAUAGCAACCAGCAGGAGGAGGAGGAGAAUCCCGACUCCCGCCUGGAUCUGGACCGGGCCGACCCGAAGACCCGGUUCAGUUUAUCUCAACCCGAACUCGAUGUCAGCGGAACCUUCGACAUCCCGUCUCCCCCUCCCCCGUCCUCCAACCAGGCCGAACCGUUCUCCUUCACUGCAAGGUCGUUAACCAGAACCCGACCAGAACCGGAGGAGCUUCUCUCCAACAGAACCUCCAGAACUCUGAUCGCCUCCAUCCCGGAGCUUCCGGUUCCGACGGCCCGAACACAAGCCCCGGCUGUUCCCUGCCUCCGGUCCAAUCAGGCAGAACCAGGUGCGGACCAGAACCUCACCUCAUCCGCUGCAUCGGGAAACGGGGACGGUUCUGAUGGUCCGAGUCCGGAUCCAGAACCUCUCGGUACCUCAGGACCCGGGACUGAGGUUCUGGAGCAGCGGACCGGUUCCUCCAGGCGGGACUCGGGUUCAACUCUGGGCGAACCGGAACCUGAAGAAGCUUCAACACUCUCUAUGAUCCCAGAACCGGAACCGAGCGGCUCCGAACCGAACCCGACGGUACCAGGUGAAGGUACCAAGCUGGACCUGAAAGUACCAGUUGAACUUUCUGAACUGGACCCGGCGGUACCCACUGAAGAUUUUGAUCCAGAACCGAAUUCGACAGUCCCAGCAAAAUGUUCUGAUCCAGAACCGGACCCGGCGGUACCAGCUGAAAGUUCUGCACUGGACCUGAUGGUACCUGCUGUCUCAGCUGCAGGUUCUGACCCUGAGCCGGACGCCGCGGUACCGCCUGCCAGCCCCGGUCCCGGUUCGGGUCGGGAUUCGGUGUUCGGAACUCUCUAUAAUUCUCUGUUUCCUCCUCGGUUCUUCCCGGUUCGGUCUCCAGACCGGGUCCCAGAACCAGAACCGCCGGGGGUCCAGACCCUCCCUCUACUGCCACCUGACCCCGCCGCAGGUUUUUCCGGUUCUGCUGAAACCAAACCGAGCCGUGUGAUUCGGGUUCGGACCGCUUCCCACAGCGGAGGCCUGGUUCCCGCUUCUCCGGUUACCGCAGCGUCUCCGGGGACGGACUCUCGGGUUUCCGGCUCUGAACCCAGACUGGUUCCGGUCGGACUGCCGAUCGCAGCAGACUGCCUGCCUCCGGAUCGCGGAAUGAACGUUCAGGACUUCUCCGAACCUCCCGAACCGGACCGGGCUCUGAGUCCGGCCUACCUGAGCGUCGGUUCGGACGACGGCGGAGAGCUUUACUUCAGCGCCCCGGAGGAAACCCCGGAGAGCGGAGAGGAGGCGGACCUGCGGGACGGCGGGGGGGAGGUUGAGACCCCCAGAGGUCAGAGGUCAGAGGAGAAAGCAGAAACAGCCUCGGCACAGGUGAGAGUGUGGGAGGAGCCGGCGCCACCGGUUCCGCAGGUAAACAGGCUGCAGGAAUGCGGCUCGGCCCCGCCCGCCGCCGGUGCGCCGGCGGAGGGAAACCAGGCCGCAGAAACCGAAGAUCCCGCUCAGAAAGCCCCGAACCUGCCGGGACCGGUUCUGGUUUCUGACCCCAGGAGAACCGAGGAAACCCGAGAGGAAGAGGACGAAGAGGAGCGCACCUUCACGCGUCCUGCAGCGGAAGGGACGCCUGACGCCGCCGCCGGCCGUCCCGAGGGGGCGGAGACCAGGACGCGCCGAGUUAACGGAGCCGCCGCCGCGCAGCUACAGGUGCCAGACCUGACGUCGGCUCUGGACGACCCGCAUCCUGCCCGCGCCGCGGCUCACCUGGACCGCAGCUGCCAGCCUCCAGAACCAGAACCAGAACCAGAUGACAGGAUGAGUUCAGGCUACAGCAACCUGAGCACCAAGCUGACCCUGAAGAACCCGUCUCCUCUCAGAGAGGAAGAACCCAAACCCCGCUUCCACAAAGUGUCCCUGGUUACCAUGGAAACCAGCAGCACGCCCAAGCCAGACGAUCCGGAACCAGAGUACAAGUGGAAGAACCGUUUUCAGGGCGUGACUCAGUUUAAAUCCAGCAGGGCCCCUCUCCCUGAAGACGAUGAACCUUCCUCACACUUCAGCUCCUCGGACAGCUCUGUGUACCUGAGCCCCGCUGGAGGCGGGGAGUGGAGGCGGAGCCUGCUGGAGGAGGGGGAGGAGUCAGCUGCUCCUGCAGGUGAAGAGGACGAGCGGCUGAAAGGAGAGACUGAGUGGAGGAAGUCGAGGUGGGAGCUGGAGCCGCUCUCUGCGUCCUCCUGCAGCACCGAAGACGACUCCUCCUUCUUCACCGGAGUCUUCAAGGCCACCCUGGUGGACCUGACCCCUGACCCCCCAACGUCCCCCGACGUCGACUCCCCCGUCAACGACAUGGACAACCUGGUGGACACCCUGAGGAGCAUGGGGCCCUCUCAGAGGCCCCGGAGCACCGGCGUGCGAGCAGCUCCUCCUCCACUGGUCUCCACCCUGUCCCCCAUCAGAGAGGACUCGGGGAACCCCGUCAUCUCCACCCUGUCCCCCAUUAGAGAGGACAUGGGCAGUCCCUUUGUCCGUAGCACCCCCCAGAGGACAGAGGAGCCCCAGAACCAGCUGUACACCCUGCCAUUGGACCUGGGCCUGAAGAGGAACAUCUCCAGAGACGCCCGCUCCCCAAUGGAGCUGAUGAAGAGCCAGGAACUGACUUCCUCGCUGCACAAUGGGAACGGCGAUCCUUUGUCUCCCACCACCGGCUCCCGCCUCGACAACAGUGUCCUCUUCGGCUCUUACCGCUCCUCAAACUCUGACCAGAAGCUGGAAAACGGGACCGCCCACCGGCCGCUGUUCAGCUCCCUGCCGGACACGGGAACCCUGGGAAUGAGACUGAGCGAGACUGGUGAGGCGGGGCCUGUUGGGGACGCAGCGGGGUCCCGACUGGAGCGCCUCUCCUUCCUUGUCAACUCCUCUUCAUCCCUGAACGGAGACGCCAGCUCCUCCAGGAUCAGCCGAUCGUCCUCCUUGAUCCUGGGCUCUCCCACCUCCAACAGCCCCACCCGUUUGCUCAGCCCCACCGGCUCCAUCGACCCUCACCGGACCCCCACCAUCUCAGAGCCCCACCUGUUCAGCCAGGGCCCCGGGGUCCUACGGAGGAGCAUCAGCUAUGAGGGGCUAUCACAGGCAUCCUUGUUCAGCAGUUUGUCUGGAGGGCCACAGUUCAGCAGUUUGUCUGGAGGGCCACAGUUUAGCAGUUUGUCUGGAGGGCCACAGUUCAGCAGUUUGUCUGGAGGGCCACAGUUUAGCAGUUUGUCUGGAGGGCCACAGUUUAGCAGUUUGUCUGGAGGGCCACAGUUUAGCAGUUUGUCUGGAGGGCCACAGUUUAGCAGUUUGUCUAGAGGGCCACAGUUCAGCAGUUUGUCUGGAGGGCCACAGUUUAGCAGCAUUCAGGCAGGGUCCCAAUUCAACAGCGUUCCCAGAGGGUCCCAGCUCCAGAACCAGCAAGAUGAACCAGACAGCAACCUGAUGUCCAAGUAUCGAGCCUUCCCAGACGCCUAUCUCACCAAGGAGAAGGAACACGGGAAGCUGAACCCGCGACCAGGAAAGAUUUACAUCUUCGACCGGCCGGGAAUGUGCGGCCGCAGGAUGGAGAUCCGCGGAGACGUCAUGGACGCCACGUCCUGGGAGCUGCAGGACACUAUCUCCAUCAGGGUGGUCCGAGGAGGGUGGGUUCUCUAUGAAAAGCCCGACUUUAAAGGGGAGAAGAUCGCCCUGGACGAGGGAGACGUGGAGCUCACCUGUCCCUUUAGCCCACUUGAGGAGGCGCUGCAGAACGGACAGGAAGAGGAGAAGAAGAACGGAGAAACGGAGGAGCAGAGCAAGGAGAAACCGACCCAGAAGUUCAUCAUCGGAUCGAUUCGCAGAGCGGUCAGGGACUACAGCGUUCCAGAGAUCUGUCUCUUCCCAGAGGAGAACGCGGAGGGGAAGAAGGUGGUUUUCCGGGACACGGCGGAGGACGCCAGGAUCUUCGGGUUUCCCAUCAAAGCCAACUCCAUCAUCGUGAACGCCGGGCUCUGGCUGGUCUUCGCUCAGCCCUUCUUCCAGGGCGUCCCCCGCAUCCUGGAGGUGGGGGGCUACUCUAACCCUGCGGCCUGGGGGGUGGAGCAGCCCUACGUGGGCUCAGUGCAUCCCCUCAAAGUGGGAGAACCUCGGGUGGAGAACAUGAGCGAACCCAAGAUGGUGAUCUACGAGAAGCCGUACUUCUCUGGGAAAUCCAGGACCAUCUCCUCCAACAUGAGGGACUUCAUGAGCCGGACGGACCGCCAGCAGAACCUCUUCAUGGCCAGCCUGGGCUCCCUGAAGGUCCUGGGAGGAAUCUGGGUGGGAUACGAGAAGGAGGGUUUCCGCGGUCACCAGUACCUGCUGGAGGAGGGCGAGUACCACGACUGGAGGGUGUGGGGGGGCUGCGACUCUGAGCUGCGCUCCGUCAGGAUCAUCCGGGCGGACCUGGCGGACCCGGUGAUGGUGAUGUUCGAGCAGCCUGAGGAGGAGCAGGGCGUGACGGAGGAGAAGACCUUCGAGGUGACGGAGGCCAUCCCUGACGUAGAGCUCUUCGACUAUAAAACCUCCACCCGCUCUAUCCACGUCCUCAGCGGAGCGUGGAUCGCCUACUCCCAUGUGGACUUCUCAGGGAACCAAUACAUCCUGGAGAAAGGCUUCUACAACAACUGUGCUGACUGGGGCUCCCAGGACACCCGGGUCUGCUCGGUCCAGCCCAUCUUACCGGCUCCAGCUGAAUCCUCCGGCCCCAGAGACGAGAUCAUCCUCUACUCUGAACCAGACUUCCGGGGCGAAUGCCUUGUGUUUCACCACAGCCAAGGGGCGCUGUCAGAGAAAUUCCUCACCGGGUCGUGUCGAGUGGUGAGAGGAAGCUGGGUCCUCUGUGAGAACAAGCAGUUCUCUGGGAACAUGUAUGUCCUAUCUGAGGAGGACUAUCCCAGUCUGACCAGUAUGGGCUGCCCCUCCAGCUGCUCGGUGCUCUCCAUCAAGCUGGUGCCGAUGACGCUGUCGGUGCCGUCCGUGUCUCUGUUCGGACUCGAAGGUCUGGAGGGCCGGGAGAUCACCACCGAGUCGGAGGUCACCAGUCUGGUCCAGGACGGCUUCAACGACCACAUCCUGUCGGUCCAGGUCAACAGCGGCUGUUGGGUUUUGUGUGAGCAUAGCAACUACAGGGGGCGCCAGUUCCUCCUGGAGCCGAUAGAAAUCACCAACUGGCCCAAGUUCAGCUCCCUGGACCGGAUCGGGUCCAUGUACCCCAUCAGACAGAAGCGUCACUUUUUCCGAGUGAAGAACAAGGAGAGCGGUCACUUCCUGUCGGUGCAGGGCGGGGUGGAGGAGCUGAAGUCGGGUCGGGUGGUGGCGGCGGCGGAGGUGGAGCCGCCGAGCGACAUCUGGUUCUACCAGGAGGGACGGAUUAAAAACAAGCUCUCUCCCUCCAUGUGCCUGCAAGUGAUGGGCAGCGUGGAACCGGCAGCUAAGGUGGUUCUGUGGAACGAGAGCCGGCAGCCGAUCCAGAACUGGUCGGCGAAGAUGCAGGGUCCGAUUGGCAGCCUGACGUUCCCUGGAAUGGUGCUGGACGUUAAAGGCGGCAGAACGUACGAUAAGGAGCAUGUGGUGGUGAUGCCGGAGAACGACGAGAGGCCGAGUCAGCAGUGGGAGAUCCAGCUGCUGUAGCCGGAAACCUGCUGCGCCUUUCUGGAGCUGCACGUUCUCCUGAAUGCACGGAGACCGGCGGACCAAAUCUGAAACGGUUGACAGGCAGCAGGAGGUUCUGUUACCAAAGAUACUCCCGACGUUCUGGUUGUGGUUCUACUGAGAUCCUAUAAAUGUUCUGCCUGGAUCGCUACACAUCGACCAGCAGAACAGGAAUGUUGGCUCUCAGUAUGUUUAUAUGUACAUGUGUGUGGACGACGCUGUGGCCGGGUUCUUCCCAUGUUAUUAGCCUCCUACUGUUACAUUAACCUGCUUCAGCUCUGUUAAUAUUUGAAAUGAAAUGCAUUCAGUUGGAAGAUGUUGUACACCAGGGAAGGGUUUUAAAAUGUUCAAUAAACAAUAAAGCGACUGUUGUUUUGUCAGUUGGUUCUGAAGGA